ACCGGAAACGGGCCAGUUGACAAAAUAGCGAAAAGCGGCGAGCGGUGGCGGUGGAAUGAUUAAAUUAUUCAAAUAUCCCUGCAAAGAAACUGAGGAACUGUUUUCAGUUGCUUGAUUGUUAUAGAGAACUGUCGACGGAAUAUUUACGACAAUGUCUGCCCAAGCUCAGAUGAGAGCUUUGCUCGACCAGCUGAUGGGAACAGCAAGGGAUGGAGACGAGACACGGCAGAGGGUCAAGUUCACAGAUGAUCGAGUCUGCAAAAGUCACCUUCUCGACUGCUGUCCACAUGACAUCCUGUCUGGAACUCGUAUGGACCUGGGGGAAUGCACAAAGAUCCAUGACCUGGCACUUCGGGCAGAUUAUGAAAUUGCUUCCAAGGAGAGAGAUCUUUUCUUUGAACUUGAUGCAGUGGAUCACCUGGAGUCGUUCAUUGCCGACUGUGACCGAAGAACAGAACUAGCCAAGAAGCGUCUGGCUGAGACCCAGGAAGAGAUCAGUGCUGAGGUGUCAGCAAAGGCAGAAAAGGUGCACGAGCUGAACGAGGAAAUAGGUAAGCUUCUUGCCAAGGCUGAGCAGCUUGGAGCUGAAGGGAAUGUCGACGAGGCUCAGAAGGUCUUACAGGAAGUGGAGAAGGUCCGUACCAGGAAAAAGGAUGCAGAGGAAGAAUAUAGAAACUCUAUGCCUGCCUCCAGCUUUCAGCAGCAAAAGCUCCGGGUGUGCGAGGUUUGCUCUGCUUAUUUAGGUCUCCAUGACAACGACCGUCGUUUGGCUGAUCAUUUUGGUGGAAAGCUUCAUCUGGGCUUCAUUCAGAUCCGAGAAAAACUGGACCAACUAAAGAAAACUGUGGUUGAGAAGCAAGAGAAGAGGAACCAGGAUCGCUUGAAGAGAAGGGAAGAAAGGGAGAAGGAGGAAAUGAUGAAAAAAAGGACCAGAUCACGGAGCAGAGAGCAUAAAAGGUCUCGUUCACGUGACCGCAGAAGAAGGCGCUCCCGCUCCUCGUCACGAGACAAGCGCCGUUCUCGCUCACGCUCCAGGGAGCGCAAGAGACGGCAUCGCAGCCGGUCCCGCUCCCGCAGCCGAGGACAUCAUCACAGCCAUAGUCGCGAGCCGAGCUCAAAACACAAGUCGUCCAGAGAUCGCGAACGCUCGUCUCGAGACCGGGACCGAGACAGGAGGGACGGCAUGAACGGCAGGUCAGAGUCCCGCCGAGCAGACGACAGGGACACGAGGGACUUCUGAAGCUCAAACUAUCUACUAUGACACACAGUCUCCUGUCUUUGACCUGUCCAUUUUUAAUAACGUAAAGUUAAAUAAUUGUAGUUGUUGCCUUUAGCCCUCUUCUAUUCGCCCUCUUUGUUACUCCAGACCACCUCCAUAGCUGAGCUGUAAUAUAAACCAUCCUUCGUCUUGUUAUAAAUGAGUCACAAACGAACUGAUGGGACUUAAAAUGGAACUGCUCCAGUCUUUUAAAUUGAAUUGAUAAAAAAAGAAACUGUAAAUAUGUUUUUGGUUUAUUGCCAUUAUAGUUUAGAAGAAUUGGCCCAAUCAAGUAGUUAUGUUUUGUCCUUUCAUGCAUUGUCAUGGAACAUGCAUUUUUAUUUCUUUUAUUUUAGUGUUUGUCCACAUAAAUGUUGAGUAGGCCUCAGAAGCCCAUUGAAAAGUGUAAAAUUCAAACCACGAAAAGAUUUUCAGAGCUAAUAUCUGAGAUGCAUUUUCAUAUUUUACAAAUUCAAGAUUUAUUUUAAGCUUUGAAAAGUGAAAGUUGUGAGUUGAACUUUUCUGGUUUGAUUUGAUUGUACUGGUGGCAAGUUUCUUGUUCUAAAAGUUGGUUUGGGUCUUGAUUUUUUUUAUUUUUCCAUUUAUCAUAAUGACAUUAAAUGGUAUGUUCCGGGUUAGUGUUGGCAUGUGAAGCAGUGGCACAUUGGAAACUGUCCAACAGUAAUAAAAAAAAAAGAGAAUUUGGCCCAACAUAAUUGUAUUAUUGUAGCAGUUACAAUUAAAUGGAAACCAACUAAUGAAACCACUGCUUCCCCCACUGUGUUGAGUACUCUUUAUGUUCUGC